UGAUUACUGAAUCGUCCACUGGAGGUCGCUGUAGCGAAGACGCCGUUUUCAUUUAUCUAUCUACAGGUGUGGUGUUGUGAUUUUACUAAUUUGGGGAAAGUAAGAAGCUUGUCGGCUUGACGUAAGAAUACUGCCACUGAAUCAUGGGCUGCGGAGACUGUCUAGCCGGCUGUGCCAGAGUGUUACUCAUUGUCUUUAACUUCAUCUUCUGGCUGUCUGGGGCAGCCAUCUUGGGUAUUGGGAUUUGGUUCCUCGUUGACCCCAACAUCCAGUCGUACCUGGAUGUCAUCCAGGUCAAAGGUGAAGGCGAGCUACUUAAAUAUGCAGCAUAUAUCUUCAUCGCAUUCGGUGCUUUCGUCUUUGCUGUUGGAUUCUGUGGAUGCUGUGGGGCCAUCAGAAACAGCCAGUGUCUGCUUGGCUUUUACAUCUUCUUCCUGGUGGUCGUGUUUGCUGGUGAGCUAGCUGCUGGUAUCCUGGUGGCUCUCUACAGAGGAGAUCUGGAAACCAAGCUAGAAGCGGAACUGAACAGGAAAAUCAAGGAAGAAUAUGAUUUCGCCAACAGGUCUUCAGUUGGAGAUGCAAUUGACAAGGUGCAGAUAGAGCUUGUGUGUUGUGGUGGAACAAACUCAUCGGAUUAUGUUAACAGCAAAUGGAGCAUCACUACAAAGCUUGUCUACCCUGAAUCCUGCUGCACCAGGGGUGUUAACGACGAGGUGGUCGACAAGACUCAAUGUCAGGCAGGGGCAAGCUCCUACAAUAAAAGGGGAUGCAAGGCCAAGCUGAUUGAAUGGAUGCAACAACACAGCACCAUCAUCAUUGGUGUCGGAUGUGGCAUUGCUGGAAUACAGAUCAUUGGCCUGGUGUUUGCCAUCGCACUGUGCAGACAGAUCCGCACAGAAGAGAAGUGCUAAAUGUCUGUAUUAGACUUCACAGUGCAAAUCAGCAUUGGAGUUGGACAGAGGAUUAUAUCUUUGAGGACACCAGUGAACGACAGUAGAAAAUGCCUUAGUAGACAAAACAUAGCAAGAAACAUAGUGCUCGGCCUGUGACAAGUCAGACAUGGAAAGGCCUCACCUCUUUUGUCAUAGAUUGUAGUUACAGAAAAAUGGCAUCUGUACAUUUUCCAUGACAGCUGUUAGAGAUUUUUGCAGGUAGAGUCCAUUACCUUCAAUUAGGACAUCACCUAUUGUUGUAAGCUUAUAUUCCGAUAUUCUUUUUCUGAUUUCUGCUUAGCUUGGACUGUUUUGUAUGUGUAAUUGUUUUGUUUUUUUGUAAUUGAAGUCAACAUUUACAUCUUAACAAUAUUUCUGUGGCUCAGGUUUAUAAAAUUGAGUGGUUGCUGUGGUAUUUUAGUGAAACUAGGAAAAUGAUUUAACAACUAUUGGAUAUGAUGGAACUAAAAGGCACUGACUGACCAAUUUGAAUGUAGGGAUUUUGGAUUUGUUAGGGUUUAAGAUGUCCAAGCUAUGCAGAGACUAUUUCUCUCAUCCAUUGACUAAUCAAGAGAACUGUUUUAUUUGUAUAUUACAGUGGUGUUAUUUAUAUCGAUGGUGAAUAUAUAGUGGUGUCUCAUUCCAUUCCUCAAAAUAUCCUGACCUCAGUAAACUUACCAAAUGCAUUCUUUUUCAAUUUUAUCAAUUGAUAAUUUAUGCACUUUGUGUUGUUGGUGCAAUUUUCAUAUGGUUGUUAUUUUCCUGCACAAAAUGAACUCUCUGAAAGAGACUUUUGCGUAACUGUUAUUACUUUCAUGAUAAACAUGCAGUUAAAUGGUAUUUGGGAAUCUAGAGGAAUUCACUCACCUAAAUACUUCAGCAAUUUAUCCAGAGACAUGGUAGAACUCUAUGUGAAUCUAGUCCUUCAUCUCAGUGUGUACAUGUUACCAUGGUAACUAGUCCAUUUGAAGACAGGCCGUAUUCUUGCUGCUGAUUGUAUUUAAUGCUACAUUGGUGUUUUUUCUGUACCUAAUGACAUGUUAUUCUGUGACUAUCCUAGUUUGCAUAUUGUUAGGUUGAUGUCACUUGUUGACGACAAUGGUAUUCAAGAGUUAUAUAAUAGAUAGUUGUGAUAACCAUUAAUGGUCUGAUUGAAAACUUACACAGAUCCAGUUUGGAUAUCUAGAUUAUCAUUCAUUAUUUUUUAAUGAUUCUAAUCAGAUUUUGUUUUAAUCUAUAAGUUUGAGCCCAAAAUAUAUAUAUACCUUUUAGUUUAUCAUAUUCAAAUAUAUAGCAUUGUUUAGUUCACUUGAAAAAAAAAUAUCUUUGUAUUAAUACACAGAUUUGGUUCAUUUGCUCAAGUGUUUAUUUCUUUAUCACUGAUAUGUUUUUUCAUCGUGAGAUGUGGAGUAUUUUCCUUGCUUUUAAGCACUAGUGGUAUUACAGUGCUAUGACCACUCUUGUUUGAUCAUCGUAUAGAAAUAUGUGCAAUAUGCCUGAUAAGUAUAGAUGGAUCUAUCAUGAGCUUGGUUCUUGCUUGUAAUUAUGUUGAUCAUGAUAAUAGGGUAACUGUGGUCCCCAACAUACAAUUAAUCAUGUGACACGUUAUGCAGUUUGUGUUUCUGGAUUUGGUACCUGGAUAAAUAUUUAUGAUUCAGCUUAUAUCAUGCUUAUAGGGUUGUGGCAUUGUUUGAACAUUUAUUCCAUGCUAUUAGGAUUGGGAGCUUGUGAAUCCAGUGAAUCUCAAAUGCUGCAGUUGCUGAGAAAACUUGACAUCUAUGAUUUGGAGCUGGGUUUGAGAAAGACCACCUCAUUGUUUAAGUCAUAUGUUCAUCCUUUGAUUAAAAUGCUUUGGAAAAAAUGGAAUGUGAAAUAUGUGAAUAUUUAGAUAUUGAGAUGAAGUAUGGCCUAUUUGUGCCCCGUGGUAUGGCCAUGACAAUGGCUUCAGCCUAAAUGUUGGACCAAGUUACGAUAAUCCUGCAAGCAUAUUUGCAAUAACAAAAUUGUGAAGUGAACUGAAAAAAUGUAGACAUGAUAUUUUUGCUUUAUGAUAACUUUUUUGUUUGCGUUUACAGCGUAAAAACAGUCAUUAAUUGUUAAAUUUGAUGUUUAUGACCCAAUUGUUAGAUUGAAGCUUUUGAAAUGGCAGCAGAAUGUCUUCUAUAAUGUUAUUGUUGACUGUAAUUUGUGGAAGAGUAUUCCAUGUUUGUUGAUUCUUCAGUGUUAUUCCUUGUUGGUUUGUGGUCAUCAUGUCACGAAGUCCCAUAUCUCAGUUGAUGUUCAUGUUACUUACACUUGUGGUGAAACAGGACACCUUCAUGACAUAUUUGUAAUAGUUCACACAAAGGCACAAUUAACUAUAAAUAUGUCAGUUUCUUUCGUAGUUCGAAGCUUAAAAAUGUGCCUUAUUUUGGUAUCAGGUUUCACUGAGAAAUUGGAAAUGACCAGGAGUCUACAAAACUGGACUUACAAAAACAAGAAAUGGCAGAGAUGGACGGCUUAUGAAAAUUUAUUAACGUAACCAACAUGUGUUUUUUUUCAAGUAAUGGCAGUAGGUUUGAACUUGUAGUAAAUGGUUCAAUAAUUCAUGUUGUGAUCUUGAUACUAGCUUGCUCUAGCUUGACCCAUUUGUCUGCAAGUUGGAUUAUUCUAACCUUUUCUCAUUGUGAAUACUCACUUCACUUUGUUUAUGACAUUGCUAUAAAUAUUUUUUGUUCAUUUCAGAACAAACACAUUUAAAGUAGCCUAAUCUUCCAAAGCAUGAUAUGUCCUAUUUGCAGUAUGUCUUUCAUUUUCAAUGUAACUUUUGCCAGUUCACACUAUUUAAAUGCAACAUUUUUCUCAUUGGGAGUCAAUAUUGGCACUUCUUGUCGGCUUUAGACAUGGUAAAUGGCUUUAUUUAUCUGAACACCCAUGUCCUUACAAUUUGUAUCAUGUAUUUUAGCUAUUGUUACAUGACAGUCUUGUUAGUGCAGAUUAUUUAAUCUUUUGGAAGUCACAGCUCCACAUGACAGCCUUUAAAGAGGCGACUAACAGGAUCGGGUUGGGGCAUGUCAUCGUAUCUCAAUUGCGUGGAUCGAUGCUCAUGAUGUCAAUCACUGGAUUGUCUGGUCCAGACUCGAUUAUUUCCAGACCGCCGCCAUAUAGCUGGAAUCUUGCUGAGUGCGGCGAUAAACAACAAACAAACAAAAAUGUUUCAGGCUAGACUAACAUUUUCCAUGUUUUUCAGAUGGGGCUAAUUGUAGUUUAAAUGAAAGUACUAAAGUGGCAUUUAAGUUUUAAAUGUUCUUAUCUUAAACAUCUACAUUUUAGAAUGUUGAUUGUUUCUUUCUAACAAAUGUGUACUAAGAACUGAAUUCUAAUAUUUGCAUGGAAUGUUGAUGUUUUUUUCUGAUUGAUCACAUGCUCAAGUUAUCACUUGCCUCCCACACUUCAUCAUAUUGGACAGCUGUGGAAUAAGAAAUGAUAUUGGUUUAGCCCUGAGACAAAAAUAGUUACAAUUCUGAGACAAUGGUAGCACUAUUGUAUACACAAACAAAGAUUUCCAAAGACAGAAAGCCUACCUUCAACAUACCGUAACAAUUGUCUGAAUAAUCUGAGAAUCAUGGGCAAUUAUUUUGGGACAGACCUUUUGGUAUUCUGGGGGACAGUCUGGGAUGUAUAUUUCUAAAUAUAAUUUGUUCAGAAAAUAUUGUAAAAUGAGUUGUGAAAAAAUAAUAUACUGUUUUGGCUCUUCCUUUUAGAGAAUUUGGUUUUUAUGUCUUGAAGCAUUGACUGAAAAUAAUAAUGAUGGUAGGCCCCUUAGGUCCUUGGGUGUCUUAUGCCUCCACAUCUCCUAUGUCAUCUUCCCGAGGCAGGAGAGUUAACUGACUAUAAAAGUCCAGUUUCCACCCUUGCCGAACUAGGCUGGUAUUAUGGAGUUACAUUUUGGCUGGACUUAGGAGUCUAUGCAUAAUUCAAUCAAAAUCGCGCACCGACAUCAAAAUCCGGUUCAUUAGCUGUCGUGCAGAUUUGGAUCGAUUGCAGGAUUUGCAAAGCAUGUGCACCGCCAAUUCGUUGUCAGCAGAUAUUUUCCAAGUCUGUUCAUGUUUUUAAUCAAGGUGCUCACGUGAUUUGGUUCUGUUUUAUCACAAUAUAGAUCCUGAUUAUCGAUCAGAUCUUCCUGAAAGGUCGCCACCAUUUUGUGUGAAGAAAACAGAAGUGAUACGAGAGGUGGAACCUGAUUGGUAGGCUUAGAAGGGACACAACUGGUAAUAGCCACUGGUGGUGCUACGAUCGAGCCCAGUAAUUCCAGCUUAGUUUGGCAAGGGUGGAAACUGGACUUUUAAAGUCAGUUAACUCUCUUGCCUCGGGAAGAUGCUCCUAUGUUGUCCAAAUUCCUAAAAAACUUUUACAAGUUCCAUUCCUGUUGCAUAUGCAUCAUUGUGCUUUGAUGUAAAAUGUUCAGGCCUAGAAAGGCAGUACCACAACUGAUCAUAUCUAUCCUUUUGAAACUACUAUUUUGUACUUGAAAAAUAGUGUUUGGUACCUUUGCAGCAAACUAACAAAAUGUUUUAUCAAUGGUAUGGUUGACAAAUUUGAUAAAACCUUUUGUAUUUAUAUCUACGUAUAUCAAAAGGUUUGAAGGAAUAUUCAUCCAAGCAUUUAAGCAUUGAACUAAUCAUCUGAGCUUUCAAACAUGUCCAUUUCUUACAGGUAUAUAUAUUUUAUCAAAAUUUCCAAGGUGAAAAAAAUAGAUUUUUUGUAGUAGGUUUUGAGCAUUUUAGGUAUAUUUUGAGUGUUAUUUUGUUGUCGUAUAACAGAUACUCAUCAUAUUGUGAUGUAUUGUAUUGUUAGUUGUAGCUGAUAUUUGGAAGGAUCGAUCUGUAGCCAAGCAGUUUGUGUGCAGUUUGUGUGCAUGUUCUGCCUUGUUUUCUAUACUUUUGUGUAACCAAUGUUGUAAAUUGAUAUUUUGUAAGAUUAAAUCAUCUUAUAUUCCGUAAUAAAAUAAUUCAGUGUAA